GCCAGUCACCGUCGUAGCCAUCCCCCAACAGUCACGACUGAACCGUCGUCACAAUCAUAUCGAGCUGAGCCUUGUUAUUCGCCAACAGCAAGAUGUCUCUCGCUUUACUGAGUAUACUCGUCGGAAUAAUUGUUUUAAUAUAUAUUUAUUUAACAAGAAACUCUGGAUACUGGGAAAAGCGAGGAAUUCCGUGUGCGUCCGGAAUUUUCUCGGGGAUGGUUCGUAUGCUAUGGGUAUUGAGCUUGAGGAUCCCAUACGCCGAACGUUUCUGUCGGAUGUAUGAGGAAAACAAGGAUUUCAGCAUGGUCGGAUUCUAUGAUUUCUUAUCACCGGCGUUGAUGAUCAUCGAGCCGGGACUAGUGAAGACGGUGUUGCAGACAAAUUUUGCGAGCUUCCAGGAGAACCAUAUGAAGGUCGAUCCUAAGCUGGACCCUCUUGCGGCGCAAAAUCCUUUUUUCUCGACUGGGGAAAAGUGGAUGACCGGAAGAAAGCGUUUGACUUAUGCGUUUUCAAGCAUGCGAUUGAAGAUACUGCUUGAGAACGUGAAAUUGGUAUGCUCAGGGUUCGAGAGCUUCUUGGAGAAGAAAUUAGGCAAAUCAGCGAAAGCGGAAUUGGAGUUGAAGAACUUAUUUUCUAAGUACACCGCACAAGUGGUGGCAAGCGCGGGUUUCGGUGUGGAUGGAUUGUGCUUCGAAGAGCAGGAAAGUAAAUCAUCCUUCAGAAACAUCACGAAGGAUAUCUUCAAACCGUCUAUCCGAAGCUCGUUUGUUCUCUCAAUCAUUCUGCUAUUUCCCUAUUUCAACAAAAUCUUCAGGAUGAGCUUCAUACCGAAGCACGUCGAUCAUUUCUUCAGAAAGCUGGUUGCGGAUCUUCUGCAGAAGAGGAGAACGGAGAAUGUAACUAGGAAUGAUUUUCUCCAGUUGAUGGUGGAAUUAGAGCGAGUGGAGAAUGACAAAUUCGACAUAGAGUCGCUAGUGGCUAACGCGAUGUCGUUCGUCCUGGAUGGUUACGAGACUUCCAGCACCGUUUUGGGCUUCGUCGGCUUCCAAUUAGCAACACAUCCAGAAGUGCAGGAGAAGUUACGCGAAGAAGUGACGUCCGUACUCUCCAAAUACGACGGUGUUCUCACGUAUGAAGCAUUGAAGGAAAUGACGUAUAUGGAUCAAGUGAUAAGCGAGUCACAGAGAAUCAGACCCGUGUUGCAAGUUAUGCUUAAGGUCUGUACGACAAAGUGCGAGCUGAAAGGAUCCGACGGUCUCGUCUGCUCCGUGGAACCUGGGACGUUAGUCAUGAUACCGGUUCAAUCUCUUCAGGAUGAUCCUCGAUACUGGGAGAAUCCCGAAGUAUUCGAUCCAGAAAGAUUCAGUCCGGACAGGAAACAGAACAUCGAGAGAUUCGCUUAUCUUCCUUUCGGCGAAGGGCCGCGAAUCUGCGUUGGAAUGAGGAUGGCUCUAUUGCAAAUGAAAGCAUGCCUAGCUGCGCUCUUAAGAAAGUACAGUCUGGAACUUUCCCCCAGAACACAGGUGCCCUUGAAGUUGUUACCUGGAAGUUUCUUACCAUCAAUGAAGGGCGGCCUUUGGGUGUAUAUUCGACCGCUGUAAUUGUGAAAAUAUUUCUGGUCGCAGUUAAAAUUUCCUAUUGUAAACAGCGAAAUAUAUAUACUAAGUACUGUUGCUGAAAGGGAAAAAUUAUAUAUUUUCGGAAAAGUCUUUUUGUACAUGUUGCAUAUUAGUAAAAAGAUAAGUGCGUUUUAUGAAAAAGAAAAAAGUAAACUGGGCUACAAAAAUUAAAGUGCUAAAUAAAUGAGCUAAAAAUGAAAUAUACGUAGAGACAUACUAUUGUUAUUGUAGUCUAUUAGUAGUAGGGUUAUUGUAGGGUUAUUGUAGUCUAUUAGUAAUAGUUCUCAUGUAAAAAUAUGGCGAAAAGAAAACAAUUUAAAACCAUAAUUUUGUUACAUAACGCAAGUAGAUGAUACGAAAUAUAUCAUCUAUAUAUAAUAGAUAGUAACGGUUUGUAACACAAAUUUCUCAUGACUCGAGAGCGCAAGAUUCAAUCUUUUUACUUCGAUGUUAUCGCAACUUUUAUUAAAGUAGCUUUUACAACGAAGUGGAGACUUUACCAAAUACGAUAACCAAUUGACCUGCGAGUCGCUCAAAGAGAUUGUAUGGAUCGGAUGAUCAUCGUGUCUCAGCAAUAUUAUACCUCAGCUAGUGCCAUAGCAAAAAUCUGCACCGAAGAGUUUGAGUUAUCGGACUCCGAUGAACUGCAUUAACAUAUUAAAUCGGAAAUGGAAAUUACCAUCUUUGUCUUAGAAUUACAUAGAUAUCAGAAGUAUUGGCAAACGUUCAUGAUUCCGACCGAAUAGCCGUGAAUAGAAAGACGAAGGUUAAUUUUCUCGAAUAUCUUCAAUAGAGAAGGCAUUGGACAGACGCUUCCUACAGCGUAAUUAUUCCUCAUUUAUUCGUCUCCGAACGUCAGUCAUCAUUGUUCUCCUUUAAGAAAACAUUUUCUUUCAAGAGACAAUCGACACUGAGUGACUCGGCGUCGCGCGACUUUUAUAACUGUCAGUUGUUUUUUUCGAAGGUGAAAACCAUAUUUAACGAUAAUAUGUUGAUGAUUUGGUAUCAAGGGGAAAUGAUAAUAAAUGUGAAUGAUUAUAAUACCACGAAUAUCUCAUAAAUAUGAAAAAAGGAGAAUUAAUAUUUUUCAAUUUGGAUAUUUAAAACGAUUUCUACUGAUUAAAUUUUUAGCAAGUGCCAAAUGUUACAUUCCAAAUGCUAUCUACUAUGCGAAUAAAUAAGUAUAGCAUAUACUCGUAUUUCUUAAUUGCAAAUGAUGCUUCCAAUAACACUGAGAUAAUCAAAGCUUGAUUUUUUUCUUGCGUCAUUUCUACAGAGAGAAUGUCAGAGUAUAGUUGCAUAACAAGCUGGUUAUGCAACUAAAUAAUGCGUUUCUUACAUUUCGCAUCAUAAUAUAUAGUUCGCGUCGUGUUAGAGUACUUUAUAUGUCUUCGUGUAACGCGAUAUAAAUUGUAUCUUAUCAUUUCAUUUGUUACUAAACACUUUAACAAAUGUCAAAUGUUACAUUCCAAAUGCUAUCUACUAUGCGAAUAAAUAAGUAUAGCAUA